CAUGGCGGGACCCCAGAGACUGGCUAGUUUUAACUCAAUAACUCGGUGACCUGAUUUCUGCGUUUAUUAAGGCCCAUUUUCUCCUCUCUGCAUAAACAGACUGAUGUGCCUUCACUUGCUGGCUCCGCCCUCCGUUAGUCAACUCAGUACGUGUUGAGACCCGAGCCUUAAACCUGCAAGCAUCUCCGCCGAAGGAGGAGGAGGAGGAGGAGAAGGGAGCGGAGCUUCAGCCGGCUCUUUAUGUGGAGGAAUGUAACAACUUCAACCGUCACGGAUCAGAGAGGCUGCGCUUUUUUGUUUUUGAAGCAAAUUGAACUUAAAAGUAAUCGACAGGAGCUCAGAGAGGCGGCGGUAUACGUUUGAUGCAUGGUUUAAGGAGAAAAACCCCCUUCAUCUGGACUAAAAGGAGAUCAGCUGUCUGUCGCUGCUGCUGCUGCUUUCACCCCAGUUUAAUGGAAUUCAUUUGGAUGCCUUCAUAACUUCAACUCCUAACUUUAAAAAUCAGGAUCUUGAGUCUCAAGUAAGUUCGGCUUCAGUGAAAGAAUGGCGCUGAAGGCCAAAGUUUUGUAUGAUUUCCUGUCUGAGAACCCAGGGGAGAUCUCCAUUACACAGAACGAGGUAGUGACUGUGUUCAGUGAGGAGGAGCUGGAGGGCUGGCUGGAGGGGGAAAAUAGCAAGGGGGAGACUGGGCUGUUUCCUGCCUCAUAUGUUAUGAUCAUCAAGGACCAAGUCAUCUCCAGCCCCAACAAGAAUGGCUACUCCUCGCCCAAAACCCAGCCGCCCUCUCACACAACGUCCAUCCCCAAUUAUGAAAAAGUCCAUGGACCCGCGGGUGGAAGCAACAGCCUCCACACCAGCCUGGGGAGUGACGAUGACUGGGAUGACGACUGGGACGACAGCUCACCUGCAAGUGAUGCUCUUCAGGGCUUGGGUAGUUCUCCACCUUUGUAUCCAGUGACCACCGUCCUGCCGGGUCGACGGAGCUCCCAGCAGCAGCAGGCCAAAAGCUCAGGUUUGGUUGGGAAGAACCUCAACAGGUUCUCCACCUUCGUCAAGUCAGGUGGAGAGGCUUUCUUGCUCGGCGAGGCCUCUGCUUUUGUGAAAGAUGGCGAUAAGAUCUGCGUCGUGGUGGGAAAGUACGGACCGGAGUGGCAGGAAGACCCUUAUCCGUUCACAUGCACCAUUGAUGACCCCACAAGGCAGACAAAGUUCAAGGGCAUGAAGAGCUACAUGUCGUAUGGUCUAACUCCAACGCACACCAACACACAAGUCAACCGCAGGUAUAAACACUUUGACUGGCUCUACGGUCGGCUUGUGGAGCGCUUCCCUGUCAUCUCUGUCCCCCACCUCCCGGAGAAGCAGGCCACUGGUCGCUUUGAGGAAGAUUUCCUCUCCAAAAGGAGGAAGGGGCUGAUGUGGUGGAUGAACCACAUGACCAGUCACCCGGUGCUGGCCCACUGCAAUGUUUUCCAGCACUUCCUUACAUGCAGCCCAGAUGAGAAAGCCUGGAAAAUGGGAAAGAGGAAGGCAGAGAAGGACGAUCUGGUCGGGGCAAACUUCUUCCUCACGAUCAGCCCACCUGCUGUUCCUCUGGACCUCCAGGAGGUUGAGAACAAGAUAGACAACUUCAAGAUGUUCACCAAGAAACUGGACGAGAACAUAGUGGUCAUGAACGCGACCAUAAACGAGUUUGCCCGCAAGCAGACGACCGGAUUCCAGAAGGAGUACCACAAGGUUGGGCAGUCUUUCAAACUCCUGUCGCAGGCGUUUGAGCUGGAUCAGCAGAUCUUCUCCCUGGGCCUCAACAGAGCGAUUGCCUACACUGGAGAGGCUUAUGAGAAGAUUGGAGAUUACUUUGCAGAGCAGCCGCACCAGGACCUGGACCAUAUCUCUGACCUAUUAGACUUGUACAGAGGACACCUGGCCAAUUUCCCUGAUAUCCUUCAUGUGCAGAAAGGGGCACUAACCAAAGUGAAAGAGUGUCCAAAGCAGGAAGGGGGGCUCCAGGAACGCUGCAACAUCAUAUCUUGCGCCACGAUGGCAGAAAUCCAGCAUUUCCACCGCACUCGUGUCCGAGACUUCCGCUCGCAGAUGCAGCAUCACCUCCGCCAGCAGAUCAGCUUCUUCCAGAAGAUAACCGCCAAGCUAGAAAAUGCUCUGCAGAAAUAUGAUGAUGAUAAUGGAGACCCUGGACUGUGACACAUUCAAGAACAAGGAGCUACGGCUAAGUAGGGAUUUAAACACAAUUUAUUUAUGAGUAGAUGUUCCUUUAAAGAACAUCUCACUGUUGUGUAAGGAGAAAAAGAACUUUGACCUUUGUGAUGUGCUAGAAUUUCCACUUAGCACAAAAAAACCCUAAAACACGACUUUUGACGUAAUAACUUUCAAAAUUCCUUGAGCAGCUCUGAUGAAUGUACCAGCCGCACAGACUUUGCUGACUCUCCAGACACAUCCAGCAACUCAGCGAAACAGCGACAGUUAUAUAAAACAGCUGCUUUCAACACGCUGGAGGCUCUUCAUGACUCACAGUUCCAACAAAUGGCAUAAGUGCAAGAACCAGCAGACUGAUGAUUCUGCUGGUUAUGCUGGUUAACACAACACAAACGUCUUUUUCUCUGAUGUGCUGGUCUUUAAUCUUAUAUUGAAAAGAAAGGUUUGUAUUGCAAGUUUUGUGACUGUUUAUGAGAACUGGACUGAGUGAGUAGAGCAGAAAACGGCUCAGUUCCAACAAAAUGAAGUAAAUUUUGUCGCCUUUUUUUUUGCAAUACGGACGUCC